AUGAACGGCGUCGUGAGCAGGCUCUUGCAAGGCCGCAAAAAACACUCCAAAGAACCGUACGCCCGUGAACACGAUGUGCGCCCCGGCGACGGCAUCGGCUAUCCUGUACCCUAUGAGGACCAGCGCAUCGAAUUCAGUCACGAGCUUCUGAAGAGAUGCAAAACGUUGACUCCAUAUUCUGGUGCCUACCGCAUGAAUGAGACGACUGUCGUCAAGACUGGAGACGCCGUGAGAAUGGCAGAAGCGGAGGCAAUGCGGCUCGUUGCGGAGAAGACGUCCAUUCCGGUGCCUAGGGUCUUUGAUGCCUACAUCCAGGAGAGCGACGGCCAUGGAGUCAUUAUCAUGGAGUACAUCCAGGGCGAAACGCUCGACAAAGCAUGGCCUAGCUAUUCAACAACACAAAAGGAUGCCCUUCUAGGUCAGCUACGCGGCUUUCUCAUGGAGCUGAGAUCAAUUGGUGGCAGCAAGAUCAGUGCAGUGGAUGGUUCUCAUUGCUCUGAUCAGUUCUUCGACACCGACAAUCCCAACUGCGGCCCUUUUGAUGACGAACGAGAUUUCCACCAAGGUCUAGCAGAUGCGCUCCGCAAAAGGGGGGAUACCACUUGGUGUCAGAUGGUGUCACGAUUCCUUAUCUCUCUCGGCGGCCACGACAUUGUCUUAACACACAACGACCUUGCGCCGCGUAACAUUCUCGUUCAGGGUGGCAGUGUCGUGGCCAUACUGGACUGGGAAAUGUCAGGCUAUUAUCCCGAUUACUGGGAAUAUGUAAAAGCGCACUUGUGGGCCGAAUGGACCUCAGAGUGGAUCGCGGAAGGCAUACCUGACCAAAUACUAACGCCUAGACUACCGGAGCUCGCAUAUCUACUACACGCACGCGACAUCGUCUGGUCAUGA